AUGAGACCCUCAGAGACCCCCGCAACCGAAUGCGCCGGGUUUCAAUCCUGUCAUGGCAAAAGUCAAUGUUUGCCCCCCACACCGGGAACACGUCCGAGGGGCACCCGAGUCAAAGCACGAGCUCAAUGCCCAAACAGGUAA